GCCAAGAUGGCGGACGAAAUGAAAGAGGAGACGAGUGUGUUGGAAGGUUUAUUAUCCACUAGUGAUCACCUAGAAUCACUAGAAUCACUCGAUGCAGCUUUCACUACAAGCACUGGAUCCUUUAGGCAGAGACAUGUUUCCGAUUCAGUGGACAUUGAAGUUGACGUACCAGAGGUGGUUAACAUGCCAUCCUUAGAGAGUAUCCUGAAUGAGAAAGAUGAAGACAUCAUUUCAUUAGAGGAUGACCCUGAUCUUGCCAACCUCCUUGAGAGCCAAGUACUGUCUUCUCCUCUUGACUUGGAUCUAAGUUCUGGAAAAAAAAUAAAGAAAACUAAGCAUGGCUCUGUUUUGCGACAUGUUGUGUUGAAAAGUGUUUCCAGUCAGAUGGUUUCUGCAUCAGCCAGAGUGGAUGCUGGUUUGCCUACAGCCAUGGCUGUGUCCUCUCUAAUUUGUAUUGGAACAUCUCAUGGAGUGGUGCUGGUCUUUGGUAAAGACAAUCAUAGUUGUAUCAACACUUAUAAGUAUAGGUCGGAGGAGAUGAGGAACAUACACAGUGCAGCCAUAAGUCUGUUGAGUGUCUUAAUGCACAUUAAUUUUUUAAUCAAUCAUGUCAUAGGUGCUGAGUAUGGGGCUGUUACUUCACUGGGCAUUAACAUGGAAUGUACAAGACUUCUAUGUGGACAUGCAAGAGGCCAGAUAACCAUGUGGGAUUUGCAGUCUGGUAAAUUGUUGAGACAAAUCACGGAUGCCCAUCCCAUGGGUAGCGCAGUGCUGCAUGUUAUGUUUACAGAUGACCCAACAAUUGCAAUUUGCAGUGACAGUGGUGGAUCCGUGUUUGUUCUGAGUUUCAAGAGACUCAUCGGAAUGAGAACGUACGAAUCAACGUGUUUGUUUUCGGGAAGCCGCGGCGAAGUGUGCACGAUGGCGCCUCUCCAUUUGCAUAAGGGAAUGAAAGAGCAUCCUCUAUAUGAACAGUCUUUAUUGGCAUUGGCCACUCUUACCAAGGUUCUUAUAUUAACACUGAAACCAGAGCUCGAGGUUCUCUUUACUCACACUCUAAAGGGCCCUGUUGAUUCUCUACCGCUCAUGGCCUGGCAGUUUGCCAUAAUUCAAGUAGAAUCCAAAAAAAUCAUUGAUCCGGUUCUUGCUUUUGGGAGAGGAACUGAAAUUUUCUUUUAUCAGGCCCAUUCCCAGGGGGAAAAACAAGUCAACUUCAUGUUCCUACAAAGAUGCGAGACUCCGUACAAGCUUGUUGCCCUUCAUUGGCUGAACCCACAAGUAAUCGCUACUGUAGACGCGCUGGAGAGAGUCCAUGUUAUUGAUGUGCGAAGUAUGGAAGAACUUGAGAUUCUUGACUUAAGCCCAGUGCAGCUUGUGUACAGCAGUAGUUAUUUUAAGUCACUCUCUACUGGAGGAAACGUCCUAUUUCAAAUGCCAUUUCUCCCAGUUAAAUACGUGUUCGUGAAUUGUCCAAAGACUAGAGACACAGAGGAGCUUAGGAAUUACUUUAAGUUUAGAAAAUGGCAAAUAAAUCCAAUCUGUCGAAUAACCUGUUUUCUUAACUUUCCAGAACACUACAACCAGCAGAACAGGCUCAAAGAUGUCGAAUCAUGUCUCAUGCACCUUGAUGUGACAAAUCUAGACAUACACCAAAUGGUGAAACUCUGCUGGGCUCACGGCUUGUACGAUGCUUUUUUUUUUUUGUACAAUCGGGGCAUGCGAGACUACACCACUCCGCUGGAGGAGCUGAUUAAUGUCUUAAAAAGCACAGUGCAUGCCAGAACACCAUUUGAAGAUUCAGAUCUUUCUUUGGGGAACAAAUUACUUGUCUACAUCAGCUGCUGCCUUGUGGGACAGGCAUUUCCAGUUUUUUUUUUUCCUGUGGACUAUGCACUAGACGUGAAAAAAGAGGUAUUCAACUGCAUCACGGCCCAAAAUACUAAAGACGGGUUUGAAAGUGAACCUUCAUAUCCACGUUUGCGAGUUUUGUUACAUUUUUUUUUUUUUGAGUUCUUGAAUGUUCUUUCCAUGGCCUUUGAACGAAAAGAUUUUGACGACAAAUUUGAUGGUCCAUCCGGUGUCACGCGGAGGCAGUACCUUGUGAAUAUCCUCUUAGACGUAAUGGUGCAAGACACUGGCUUUACGCCAAGCCAAGUUGGAUCACUGUUUACGUUUCUAGCACGACAAAUGGCUAAACACGAGAACACGAUACACGUAAACAAGGUGCUAUUUGAACAGGUCUUGGAGUAUCUUGCUAACCCUGACGAUGACUCCAGACACGAAGAGCGACAACAGGCCUUGUUAGAACUGUGGAAUGCUGGUGGCCUGAAACAAUUCGAUGACGCCCGCAUACUGGUUCUUGCGGAAAAUGCUAAGUUCUAUCGCGUUUGUGAAAUGUUGUACGAGAGAAAACGCCAGUUCUCCAAGGUGUUGUCUUGCUACUUCAGGGAUUCAUAUCGAGAGCACCAAGUGUUCAACUACGUCCAUUAUGUGAUGUCAGAAGACGUGUAUACUGAUUUGGAAAGAGAGGAACUAAAAGAAGCAACACUGAAUAGUUUGCAGAACUUUCUUUCGAUUGACUGCGGAAAAACUGCACACAUGAUUGUCACUGAAUUUCCGGAUAUCUUGACAACAGUCAUCCGUCAGUUAGAGGGACAAUCGACUGUGCAGUAUGAAUUUUUAAAAGGCGUAUUCGAGAACAAAUCUCAGACCCUUACGCGCCCAGAAGACACACCCGAUGCUGAAGUCCAUGAGAAAUACAUCGAGUUGAUGUGUAAAUACCAGCCAGAUCUAGUACACAGUUAUUUAAGAAAUACAGAAAACUACAGACUUGAGGAAACGUUGGCGAUUGUUCGCCAAUUCAACAACACAUACGCUACAUCGUAUCUACUGGAGAAGGCGGGUGAUAUUCACGGGGCUUUCCAGCUACUUUUGGAGACUUUAAAGGUGAAAGUGAAAGUUCUUUGUGAUGUUUUUGAGGAAAACGAAUCUCCACCUUUAAACGAAAUCAGAAAGCUCACCACAAACAUUGAGGCUGUCCUACUAGGAGCAUUAAUUCCUUUGUGCCAAAGGAAUUCUGGGAGACUCGAAGAAGCGGACAGAGAGGCUUUAUGGUUUCCUCUUCUCGAAACUGUCAUGGCCCCUCAGAGGAAAUGUAAAGAUACAACAAGUGCAUAUUUUCUUGCCUUUAAAGAUCAGACCAGGCACGUCUUAAACAGCAUGAUGGGUUAUAUUUCGUUACCAGCCAUUUUGCAAAAGAUUAUGCAGGAUCCAACAUACAGUACUGGUAAAUUUGGUGAAAUCAAGGAACUUAUUUUAGGAAUGUUAGACACUUAUACAUAUGAAUCGACCCUUUUAAAAACAACCAACAAAUUGCUCUCCGGGGAUCUUCACUCCUCUCUCAGCCAUCUCAAAAAUCAAAGUAACCAAGGGAUGACGCCCAAGUCCUCAAGGUGUUGUAUCUGCCACAGGCUCUACACGGAUGAUACUGCAAAUGGUCAGCGGGAUGAUCUUUUAAUCUACAGGUGUGGACAUGUAUAUCAUACAGAAUGUAUGGCAGGGACCACUGGAACUGAAGGAAACUGGAUCUGUAUGCUCUGUAAUAAAACGGGGCUUUCCCGUCUUUCUUCGUGGAAAGGCAAGAGAGUUCUGGGGAAGUCUGUGAAGCCAUUGUCGCCCGAAUCUGCACAGAAGUUAAAGAAUGACCGUUCUGGAGCGGCAAAGAAAGAAGAUUUAUCUAAGACUGAAAGAACAGCAUCUUCCCUUACGCAGCAACAGUUCGAGGCAGUGUCUAGGCUGAAAGCACAAAACAAAGGUGUAUCGCGGUUUGCCAUUUUAUCAGAGUUGUCAAGGUCAAGUGAUGCUAUUAGUUAUGCCUAUGGCAGUCGAUCGACCGGCUCAAGCAAUAUCUUUGAAGACGAACGCUUCAGACUGCAUCUUGCCCCGCCACGAGAUUAGACUAAGUGCCCUUGUUAGCGAGACGCCAAGGUGGGAUGAGCUGAGAAAGUUGGGUGUCAUAGUUGUAGAGCCAGAAUUUCACUCCCUUAUUUCCCUCGGCACGUGGACUUGUCAGUUAAAAAAAUGAUUGUUGGCACUAUGAGUUAAGUCAACAUCACCACCCUCGUUGAAAACUUUAUGCUGGAGAAUGGUUUUCCUUUGACCUUUAGAAAUUAAUCGAAAAUUUUAUUUAUCAAGCUAUCCUCGAUUCAAGGAGAAUCCAUUACUUGACUAGUAAAUUCCGCGUUAAAUUGCACUUUAAAACUUAUACCGCACUCAUCCCUUCGCGAUUGGUGCGAUGUGGGUUUUCGUGUGUAAUAUAACUCGGAACUCCCCCGUCAGGUAAGGAAUUUUCCAAUAAAAUUUUACCUGUAUCUUGCUCGCUCGACUCUAUUCACUCACUCGCGUGUGAGGUAUUUUAAAUGAAAGUUUUAUAUGACGGGUACGAAUCGACCAGCGAUUCGGGUACGAACCGACUCGAACAAGGUACAAAUCGUCUGAAUUUGCGUACGCAACGACCGUGGGUACGAAACGACUGUAGUAGGUGGUUUUCACGUACGUCAUUGCCGCCAUGUUGGUGGACGUAGACAAUAGAUAUCUCAUUAACUCCUUUUGUUCGUCCACCAGCAUUUGUUCCUUUCACUAUUGUUUCCUGUGUCUCUAGAGAUUGGUUGCAAACCACCUAUACUCUGGAUUUAUGACACGAACUUGGCCUAAAGUGUCCUCUAACGCGAGCAAGGAAAUUUUCAAAAUUUAGAUUAGCACAAGGCCUUUUUCAAACGCUUUUAAAUCGAUAGUUUCGAAAAGUCUUUGAAAAAACACGUCAAAAAUUAUAUUAUUAUUUGUUAAGAAAAGCACUUAUGCAAGUAACAAAAAUAUCUUUUUGUCAAAUAAAAUUGUUGAUGCUGAAAAAUAUUUUGAAAAUUAGAAAACACAGCGGAAAGGGAACUUUCUUCGUGGGUACACUUUUUACAUAAUUCACGAGAAUUUCACAUUGAUGUUGCUUUCAAGAAGCAGAUUGUAUCAAAUUAUUUAUAAUAAAAUGAAUGCAUGGUUACCUUUGAUA